AUGUCUCCACCCGAACAUAUGAGCCAUCGAGACUUCAGGUCCCAGUCCAGUCUUCGCUCAGGUUCUGUUCGGAUCGGAUCUGACGACCCAUCUAUAAUAGAGGAAGCUCAGAAUUUACUUUCACAGUUUAUGAGGCAUUCCUCUCUUGAAACCCAAGGGCCCCAUAGUGGAAACACAGCCACUUCGCAGAAGAUUUCCAGUUCAAAAACUGAACAUAGUUCUGGGUCGCUCGGUGGUGAUCCUCAAGUAGUAUAUGUUAUUUCAGAUGACUCUGCACUUGAGUCUGUGCCAGAUAACCACACAGUCCCGUCAGCAGGACGACGGUACUCGGCUCGUCACCCUCGCCUAAGAAGCUCACGGACAACCCCUAGUUUAGGGAACGAUAGUGAAACAGACUCUGUGUUACCUACAACGAAAAGGAAACAAUCAGAUAAUUCCAAUAAUGUCCGGCAGGCAACUUACUCACCAUACUUGUUAAGCGACAGGAAAUCCCCUCCCAGAAACAAUGACAAGGCACCAAGUACGAGACGUUCCGCACGGUCAAGAACCGGCCCUAUAAAUUACUACAAGAAACUCAAGCUGUUUAGUUUUGAAUCUGAAGAGGAGCGUUCCGGUAAUGAGGAUGUCGAUAUAAUGACCAAUUCAGCCCAGCCACAACAGCGUCUCGACCGUUCCUGUUCAUGUGAUCUUUCAACUCCUCCUUGCUACCAAGAUAGCCAGCAUAUCGGUCAUAUGCAAUACUCUGUUAUUUACUCCUCACCUACAGUACAAAUACUCAAGUCACCCUUCAAAACACUGGAUGACUUUAAGAAUGUCGGACAUGCACGUUAUCGCCCAGCACAUAACCCAGCCGAUUAUGCUAAGGGACUAAAGGGAGAGGACUUGGCGCCAGACAACAUCCUUCAUUUCGAUUUUGACCUAAAGGAAAUGACCGCGGUGCUAAACUUGCUGUCAUUUAGUGGAUGCCAAUGGCGUUCUGCUCCAGACAUUGCUCUUACCGAUCAACUCAUACAUGUCGCAUCCACCUUCAAUAUACACCCUAAGUCCUUCAAGAAGAUUUCGUCCAUUUUGAAGUUGUCUAAGUUACUCUCGAUCGAAGAAGUGAGCGAUAGCAAUGCUUUACUCUUAGAAAUAUUGGCAUCAAAUCCUUGCACGAGGGAGCUACGACGUGCUAGGCGGCUCGCAAUGCGACUCCUGGGGUCACAAGAGAAACAAAGGAAUGAAGGCCCUUCCACCUCAAGCGAUCAACACGGCCAUACAGUCGAGGAAAUACAUAGACUGUCAGGCUGUUUAUUAUCUGCAUCUGCGUUAGGUCGGCGCCAGUACGCAGAUAUAGAAGCAUUAAUUGCCGACGCCAAGAAAGGCAAUCUCCCAUCUGUCCCAUCUGUCAUCAAGGCUGUUAAAUUGGAGGGUAGCAGCCUAACAACACGCAAGAAUGCUCAAGCAUCUGGCAAUAUAAACAAGCUCUUACAGGAUCGUGAGCUAGGUUGCGCUGUGAGUCGGCAGAUCAGUUCUCGUGUUUUGAGCAACCUCGAGCUUUCAAAGACUUGGAAAGGAGCCUCAAACGAUGUUAUAGUACUGGCGUGGUCUCCUGAUGGAACUAAGUUUGCGGCAGGUGCAACAGCUCAAUGUGAUGAACAUAACAUGGAAUACAACCGAGGGAAUAAUCUGAUUCUCGGGGAUUUGACCACUGAUAGUCUGGAGGAAUUACCAGGGCAUUGGAGCCCUCGUCCGCCGGGGCUUUCAAGGGGAACUAUGAAUGAUCAUCGUCUGUUUAUGAGUGUAACAGCUUGCCAAUGGUUCGAUGAUACACUCUAUACUGCUAGUUAUGACAAGACUGUUAAACUUUGGAGAUUCCCUAAUCACAGGGCAUUUUGCUACAAGACACUUGACCAUGACUCUAAAGUUCAAGUUAUGGCUCGGUCCAACUUUGCAAACAAUGUACUAGCGACAGGGACUCAAUCCGUCGGUCUCUGGCAACUAGAUGAGUCAACGUACAAUGUCUUGGAUUUGCCUCGGCAGCGCUCUAAAAGAGAAAUUGACCUUAUACCAACGUCUCUGGCUUGGGGUACCAUCCCAAUAACAAAAGAGAUACUAAUCGCUGGGAUGUCUGAAAAGGGCGAUGGUGUGACCCAGAAUGGUCUUCUUGCAGCAUGGCAUAUAGCCGAAGCAUCAUCCACUCCAAUACAGUUAAGCCCAAAUUCACAAAACAUCUUUGAUGUAAAGUGGCAUCCAUCUCUUCCAUUAUUUGCUACGGCAAGCUCCGCAAGAGGAGGUGGUACGACUCUGUUGAGUUCUAAGAACACCAGGUCUGUGGUCCGUCUAUAUUCACCACUCAUCUCCAAAAUGUGUACCAUGGAACUUGAGUGCCCUGCCUUGGACAUAAACGAUGUGACUUUCUGCCCAGGCAAUUCGAAUUAUGUGACAGCCAGCUGUACUGAUGGGAUCACCUACGUGUGGGACACGCGAAACCCGGACACUGUAUUGCACAAACUUCAACAUGGUGAGCCGCUCAAUCAAAUAGAUGAAACCCUUCCUAGAGAGCAAGCAGAUGUUGGGGUAAGAUUGGCAUUGUGGGGAAACUCGGUAACCCAAUUCUAUACUGGAGCAUCAGAUGGUAUCUUGAAAACCUGGGACGUAUUGAGAUCUCCUGAUGAUGCUUUUGUUCAAAAUGUUGCUUCUUUUGGGGAGGAGAUCAUGUCCGGAGUUUUUUCGCCGGAUAGAUCCAAUCUGUUGAUCGGCGAUGCUGCCGGGGGUCUUCAUUUAUUAUCCCCUGACACCCUUGCCGAUAAGAGCUUGUCUUUUAAAUUCAAUCGUGCUUCUCAAGUGCCAUUUGCUGGGCAUGAUUCUGAUUCCGAGUCGGGUACCAUGGCUGCCCGUAAGGCCAUCUUAGAUGGUCAUCUUUCACGCCACCCUAUUUAUGGUGUGGGCCAAGGCCCUCAUUAUAAUGGACCUUACGCGGCAUGGGCCCGUCCAGAUAAUACUCCUGACCAUCAACUCGGACAGACAAAGUUGAAGGAGGAAUGGCAGCUAAGGCAGCUCGACGGUGCUCCCCCUGCUCUUCGACCUGGCUUAAAUGAUCAACUGCGGAGAGAAAUCGAAUGCCAGAGACAGCUCGCCCAGAUUCGCAACGUGCAGCACUUGAAUAAAAGGAAAAGGUUGGAACUUGGCCAUUAUACGAAACGUAGGGGCGUCCUUAGCGACUGGUGCAGUGGUGAUGGUUUCUGGACAGCGCCGGUCAAGCUCAAGCGACUAGCUGCAGAAUCAAAGCAUCCCAUCAUUGAAAAUGCAAAUAUCGAAAUCAUAGAUCUUACGGGUGACAGUGAUACGGAGUGUGCGCAGCCGCCAAACGAAGGCCUGGCCUUUCCCACUACUCGAGAUACAGAGGGCUACUCUGGACUUGAGCAUCUACUAGAGGGGUUGGAAGAUGAUCACUGGUGGCCGUCUAGUGGCCAAAUAGACCCCAAUUUCCACGAUGCUGAUGUGUAG